GUCACCUGUACCGAAGUAACUCCCGAAUAAAGGAUGGCUUGCACAGGUGUAGUGUUAUCUAGAACAUUUAUCAUUGAAGACUAAGCGUCUACUAAAGGAAAUGCAACAAGGGGAAGGAGAAGAGCAGAAUUUUGACCUGUUAACUGUUUCAGGUGGUGUUUUGUGUGAGUUCUUAGAAGUAGCAUUUCACCUCAUCUUAUAUGUGAGGGAAGUCUAUCCUGCUGUGGUAUUUGAGAGAAGAAAAAAGUAUAAUGUUCCUGUACAGAUGUGUUGUCACCCAGAUUUGAACCAGUAUAUCUUAGACGUGCUUCACACCAUGAAGCCCUUAUUGGAGGAGGGCAAAGUUCAGAGGGUUGCCUUGGUUAUUUCAGACAAAAAGUUCAUUCCUGUUGAACGAUUUGUUUUUGAGGUUGGUAAUCCAGAAGGAGUCGGCACAACAGAAAGCCCGGACAAUUUCUUACACUCCACGGAGAGAGCUCUCAGAGGUUUUCUCCUCAAGAUCAAUUCAUGUGAUGCACUGUUAGAGCCAAUCCCGAAAGGAUGUACAUUUUCCAUUCUUGUAUAUACCAAAGAAUCGUCUUUCUUAAAACUGCAAGAGGGUUCCAAUCUUCAGGAGUUUCCUUGGGUUGAGGCAGAUGAACGAACGAAAAUGAAGGAAUCUGUCAUUAUACCUCUUAAAUCAACUUCCACUGGAAUCCUAAAGAUGCAGCUUUUUGUCGAGGAAUGUGCUGAGAGGACCAGGAAUGGUAAAGACAAGGUUGAAGACGUUUGAUAUGAUUGCAUUCUUACCGUCAAAGAGAUCACGCCUUCCACAGACUUAAAAAAGAAAAAAAAUAGCAAUCUUAUCGUUUGCAUGCCACGCCUUGAAUACACUCUAAAUGACUAAAAAUAAAUGGAAAAGUAGUAGAUGGUAACUUCUCUGCUGGUAUCAUCCAUCCGACGAUGAAGGAAUAUAUUUUUGAAGAAACUAAGUGUUUACCACAUGGCAGGUGGAAAAUCAGUCGAGAUCAAUUUAUGGCGCAUCUACACAUUCCAUUUUCCCGCCCUCUGAUAGGCUAAAAAUACAAAAUUGACAGCGUGCUUAGUAGGCUUACCAAUUUAGCAGUGCUACUACAAAUUCACUAACCUAAUGCGGAACAGCGAAACAACAGGCACAGCGUCGUGCUUUUUACAGUAGUUAUUUUUUUUUUUUCGAUAGAAUAAAAGUAUAGACAAUGGAAAACUGUGUCAAUCGUUUUCACUGCAAUAAAAGAUCUCUAACAAGUGUCUUAUCUUACCGAAAUAACGACCGGUCAACGGACAAUGUCCGGACUGAUUGGGGAUUUGACCGAUCAAACUUUUGUCUUGCUGAUAAUGUUGACCGGUCACGCUUGAUCGUAAUGAAAAUGACUGAAAAAAAUUAAAGUUUCCAUGCUGUUCAGUUGUUUCAGUAGUUAUCAGUAUGUAGCAAGUCGCUGUGUAUUGCGCAACUUUGGUCUGAAAUCCUGGGUGAAAUGCAACUAGAAUCGUUAACAAUUCGCGCAUUGAAACAGACGUGGGUUCGGGCACUUCCGGUCACAGUAUUAAAAAUAAGUUCACUUUUAUUAGUUAAUUUUAAAGUUUUACAUUUCUCCUUGCAUAUACAGUAACUACUCAGCCCAGAAUAAAUAUAAUCAAUGCUAAGGAACUAUACUUUAUAAAACCAAUAAUUGUUCAUCUCUUCGCAAGGUUAUCUACGUGUUUAU